AUGGGUCCAAGCGACUGGGAGCAGCUCUGUCCGCACUGGAUUGAUGUUCUGGUUGAAAAGUCCACUUGUAUCCGCAAGCGGCAUCCGGCGUUCGUCAAAAUUUGGGAGAGUCUGUCCACCGUGAUAUUCAAUACGGACGACGUUUGGCCCUCGAUUGUGUCCGCAUUAGAAUCUGAGCGCCAGGCGGAUAUGCCGGGGUCCUGGGGCGACCGCCGGGAAAUUGACGUUGGCUCUGUGAUUAUGGAGACACAGACCACACGCAGCACGGUCAAGCUGCGGUCGGAGGCAAUAAGUGCAAGAGACGCACUUUCUGCGCUGCGCAGCAUCAAAGAAGAAUGGGGUACCUUGUACUAG